AUGGGAGCCCUCUGCUGGGGGGGAGACGGGGUAGACGGGACCCCCGUCAGGGAUGAGAGCGGGGGCACCCCCACCCAGGACGAAAUCAUGGACACACCAGGGGGUGUCUCCUCUGACCCCCUUGGCCUCAACAGUGACCCCAAGAGCUUAGGCUCAUCCAUAGGUCAUGAUCUUUCACCCACGGCCUACCGCAGUGACCCUUGGGACGCCGUCAUCACCCCAACAGGAAGCAGCAGCGACGUGGACUUCCUCUCUUCCUCUUCUCGUUUCCAAGGCUACGGAGCGGGGAAGAAGGCCGCCAAGCUGAAGGAGGAAGAUUCGAAGAGGAAGAUUAGCUCUUCAUCACUGGGAAGCAGCAAGGUCAAGAAGGAUGGACAGAACAGUCACGGGAAGAGUCACGGGAACGACAGAUCAGUCGAAGGAGAGAGGAGAGCGUCCAUAGGUUCUCGCAAGACCAGCAGCGGGUCAGAGGAGGGAGGAAUGAGUGGAACGAGGGAUGAAAAGGGAAAGAGGGGAGGAGAGGAUGGUGGGGGCUCAUCUGACGGGGAGGGAGGGCAGUACCACCGCAUCGAGACCCUGGUGUCGCCUUGCACAGAGGGAGCACCUUUCCAAUCACUGGGGGGCUUCUCAAACCGCCAGCCAACCGGAGAGCGCAUCCAGACGGUGGAAAGUAUCCGCGUGAUUGGCCAAGGGCUGCGUCGCGGGGGUGGAGGAGAAGGGGGGAGGCCAGGCGGAGGGAUGUGGUACGAUGAGGAAGGGUACCUGGAUGCCCAGCCCCCCUCACCUUCUCCUCAGGGCGGCUCUGACGACAUGACUUCACCCACCAUGCCUCCCCCGACCUCACACCACCACCUUCCUCCUCAUCCUCAUUCUAAUCACCCUCCCCACCCUCAUCCGCACGGCCCCCCACCCCAGUUUCAGAUGCCCCCCUACCAUGGGGAGAACCCCCAGGGUCCCCUCCCCUCACACCUCCACCAUCACCCCCCUCCUCCCUUCUUCAACUCCCCUCCUCCACCCAUCCCACGCCCUCCACCCCCUCCCAUGCCCCAGCUCCCUCCACCCCCGCGCAACUUCCUCCCCCCCUCGGCAGUCAUGGUAGGCGGGGUUCUAGUCCCCAUUGACCGCCAACUGCCCCUCCCUCCCCAGGUCCGCCCAGACGGAGGAGGAGACCGAGGGGGGAUGGGAGGGGGACCCAGGGGGGGUAAAGGUGGCCCCACUCCCCUCAUGUCCUCUCUGUUAGGGGAGCCCCCUAAGAUGCCUCGUCCCGGCACAGUCAAAGAGCAUUUCGCUCCCCGCCACGCACCCCCUCUCCACCGCCCCGGCACCCCCGGUGCCCCGCCUCCCUUAUUGGGCCGUGUCAAGGAUGGCAUCAACCUCCCUCCUCCCUCUCCCUCCUCCUCCACCCCUCCCUCUCCCUCAGGCGACCCCCUGCUUCCUCGCCCCCAAGCUCCUCCGCUCCAGCACCCUCCAGCUAGCCCGCCUGCCCAGCCCCGACACCCAAACCCCAACCAUCCCCACCGUCCCUCGCCGUCCCUCCUGCGCCUACCCUCCCCUAACCCCCACCCCUCCAUCAACUCUAUCCCCCAGAGACCUCUACUCCACCCUCGUGGCCCCCCUCUCCACCCGCACCUAAACCGAGAGCCACCCAUGUUCCGCGGGGGCAAACGUCCUGGCCCUCCAUUUGGCGGGGGCCGAGGAGGUCCCUUCUACCCCCCCAAGAGACCUUUCUUACCCCCACGCUAUUGAAAUGUUAACCCAUGCUGAAUGAAAAGCAACCCACACACCUAGCUACCCGACACAGGGAGAAGAUGUGUAGAACCCUUAUGGAGCAACAAUGUUCUCUGCUUCCCCUCACUAAAGCAGUGAGGGAGUAAUGGAGGUGUGAACUAGAAGGAAGACGACAAGCACAGAUCAAAUAGAAACAGGUGGUUAUUCUAUUUCACUAAAAUUCUACUUACCUCCGGUAUUGUGUGAAUAAGCUGAUAUAAACACUUUCAGAGAGAAAGAGAGCGAGAGAUAGAUGGGAUGGGCUGGAGAGAUGGGAUGGGCUGGAUGGAGGGAUAGAUGGGAUGGAUGGAGAGAUGGGAUGGGAUGGAUGGAUGGAGGGAUAGAUGGGAUGGAUGGAGAGAUGGGAUGGGAUGGAGGGAUAGAUGGGAUGGAUGGAGAGAUGGGAUGGGAUGGAUGGAGGGAUAGAUGGGAUGGAUGGAUGGAGGGAGCGAUAGAUGGGAUGGAUGGAUGGAUGGAGGGAGCGAUAGAUGGCAGGGGGUUUGAUUGAGGAACAAAGUUGCUCACUGAGAGUGUGUCCUAAAUACAACCAUUUUUCUCAAUAGGAUUUGGUUCUCCAGAUGAGUGCUGACUUUAUGAUCAGUGAUGUUGUGGAGUUUCUCCACCAUAACCCCUACGUGCUCACAGUGCAUCAUAUUGGAAAUAAUAACCUUGUUUCUCUCCUUCUAGAGGUUUUCAUGCUUAAGUCUCUCUUCCCUCUGUAUAUUUCUCAGCUUUUAAAUGUAUAGACUGAAUGAGUUGGCUGUGUUGCGACUGUUAAACCUCGGUUGUUUGUGUAAAGAGCAGAGUCAUCGCUAUUCGCUAACUUGUGAUUGACGCCAUUGUGAAGAAGCCUUAGCUUUAGUUACACACCGAAGGCAGAGAUGUUCGUGCUUCUCAUUGCUCUAACAAAACACCAGUCUGUCCAUCUCCAUCUCUCCAAUCUGAGGGGGGAGGAGAGUGAAGAAUCGUCCAGUGUAAAGACGCAUUUAACCGAUAAUGAUGAGUUGUGGAGACUCACAGUAGUUGAGGCGGGUGCUUUAGAAGUUUGAACUAUGAACCCGCUGUGUCUCUCUACUAGGCCAUCGCUACCUGUAUUGUCUUUAAUAAAAUCCAGUUUCAACCCAACCAAGGGGAGGGUACUACUUUCUUUGAUACAGUCAUGGAUACCGGUAAGACCAGUCGCAGCAGUUGUCAUGGCUGCUGCAGUAUGAUAAUGUUAUUUUGUAGUUAUUCAAAGCUGAAUUGAAAUGCUGAAACAUUACUUAUAACAGUACAAACAAUGUCAUUUUGUUGCCCAACUGCUGAUUUGUUCUGAGUUGUUUUGGAUUUCUUGCUGUGAUUUUUGUUGUGGCUGUAACUUCAUGUCAGAUGUAAAAUAUCUAUACUUGCCUAUGCAUGUGCAGUGCACUGUCUGUCCAGUCCAGAAGUUUUUUUGUUUUGUUACUUUUGACCUUUUCCCUUCGCUACCUUUCCUAGAUUUAUCCUCCUUUCCUUCCUCUGACGCUGUACAUUUACAACUGUAGAAUACCAAAUAACACCGAUGACGAAGUGAUGAGUGAAUUAUCUGCAAACAUUCAUUACUCAUUAAGAUGAUGGAAAACUAUGUAAAUGCUCCUCUAAAUUUCCCGUCAGUGUUAGUUUAUGAGUUUAUAGUGUUCUGCUAUAAAUGUCUGAAUGGAAGCGAUGCUGUUCUGAAUCAAUGGUACAGAGCAGCUACUACUCUGACUAUAUGUAUGAUGUGAUGCAUCUCUGUCACUGCUGAUAAUGACUAGAUUAACGCAGGCAGGUUGGUUUGCGCACGUUUCCCUGCUGUACAGCAGACUAAUGACAUCCCUUCUAACUCAUACCUCAGUUAGACAGAGCUAGCCACUAGGGUGGAUUCAGAGAUGUAAUCAUUUUCUUUGAACAGUUUGUUUAAAUAAUAUUGUCAUUCAAUGUACCCUUGAGUUUGAAAUAUGUUUGUUUGAAUAAUUUGCGUGAAAAUGCUUAAGAUUUGAUGAAUCUGAUGGUGUGUGUGUGUAGUAUGCAUUAACUAUGUAAUGAUUCAGUCAUGAAGGGGUGGUUGUUAUGUUCUCCUUGUGUUUAGAUGCAUUGCUAUUCUUUUUAUGAUCAUCAAUGAUGUUCUAUCAUUAA